AUGCCGAAAAUUCAAAGGUCAGCAACGACUGCAAACGAAUCUGACAUCCUCCACCUCAUCGAUGAAAGGUUUGAAGACUUGGAGGAGACGGUGGCAUUGGCGGGUUUGAUACCUCAGCUCCACGAUCGGCUCCUUGAAGUGGAGAAGAGGCUGAAGCAAAUUGAGGUCUCCGGCUCCCUCGUGAAUACGGGCCCGAAGUGGAGUGAAACCGAACCGCCUCCGCGCAUUGAGCUUUCGGAGAAUGUGGUUUCUAUAUCGCUGGAUGACGAGGGCGAGGGCGAUGCCAAGGAAGCGCAAGAAGCUAACAUGAGAGACAUGCCUUCGGGGUUAUCUCCAAGUUCGAUGGCAGUUCAUUCACCUAGCAAGAGAAACAGAAGGAAAACAAUCACCGAAAUCUCGCGCGAAAAGAUCUCCGAUGUGAAUGAACACACCUUGGACACGCAGACAAAUGAGUAUUACACCUUCGGAGAGUCAACGUGGGAUUUGGUAAUCUUCAUUGGCACGGGAGCCCUUGGUCCCUUGGGAUCUGUUCAGACUUGUCUACUGGCUGUGGUGAACGUCCUGAUGCAAGUGGUCUUCGUGGCGAUCUGCUAUUACAACUUUACCGUCCCGGACGUGGAUGAGGACUCCGUGCAGGAUGCUCUGAGAUGGAGGAGAGCAUCCGGUCAUUCCCUCUGGAGCUACGAUGAUGUCUCGAAGGAAUCCUUAGCUGAGCGUGUUUGCAGGCUCGACAAGUCGCUGGAGCAAUCUGGCAUCCAGGUGGCUUUGUACGAGCACAUCGAGAAGUACCUGAAAUCCGGCAAGCCUGGCUUGGAAGGAAUGUUCACAGGUCAGGUGCUAUGCAUCGUUGCGCUGGUGUGUUGGUAUUUGAUGGUGGCCAAGGAGCUGAGUCACGCCUUAGCAUUGUUGCGAGGAGUCAUGGCAAUGCCCACGGGUCCCACCAGGAUUGAUACACGAGAAAACCCGUUCAGCAAGUCAAUCCACUAUCGCCUGCGCUGUGUGGCAAAGCGGCGUAAGGUAUUCAGUGCCGUCUUGUUCGCCUACCGCUUGUUGGCAGCUGCGGUUUUGGUCUUUGUCGGCACCUUCUUUCUGGUCUAUACCGUUAGCGUCACAGAGCUCAUCCUCAACGCCGUGGCCCUGGGUAUCAUUCUGGAUAUCGACGAUUUGCUCUUCGAUGCUCUGGCCACCACGCCAGGUAGGCACUUAGUGCAUCAGCUGGAUCCUCUGCCCAUGCCCUCCCUGCCCAGACUCAGGGGUGCUGAUGCCAAGUCAGUUUCUAUGUCCAUAGGCAUUCCCUUGCUUACCAUCAUCGUCUACAUCAGCAUGUUGGACCCUUUUGUCGGCACUUUGCAGGCUGUAAGCGAGGCCAUGUGUGGAGGCAAUUUGGGGUUUGUCUGGCAAGUGGACAAGCGAAGGAUCGUACUCAUGGCCCCGACUUCCGGCGGCGGAUGGGAAGAUCAGGAUGAAACGAAGAUCUACGCAGUCCAGGAGGGGGAGCGCAUAGGUUUUGGCCUGGAGAAGGAUGAGACCAAGUAUGGGCUUUGGCUACAGGAUGUGAGCUCCCUAGGAGAUCUCACGGUGCUAUCUCUUGCAGAGAGCAUUGACCUUUUCAACCCUGAUUGUGGGGACCUGGGUGAUACAGAACCAAUGCUCAACUACCUCAGGUUCUUCCUCCAGAACGACAGCGUCCAGGGAUGUGCUGACGCUGCAAAGUUUUGCACAUCAAUUACCAGUCUGCCAGAUUACGGAGUAGACGAUGGCAAAGGCUGGGCCACUAGAAUGCUUUGCUCAGCAACAUGCGGCUGCCAGACCCCAGCAGGUGACAACAUAUUCGUACAGGGAUGCCCAUAUGGUUCAGGCCGAGCCUGCCAAGAGUCGGAAAGCUUCCUUGCAUUUCGACAGAACACCGCUUGCGUCGAGCAGAAUGCCUCCAGCCUUCGGAACUACGCCCCUUGGGUGCGGUGGAUCGAUGCGCUGCAGACGUAUGGCAAUUUAUCUGCGAACUUGUCUGCGAACUUGAAAGGCAAGGAGGAGGCGCUGUUGAUAGCUCAAGCCAUGUGGGAUCAUGGCUGCGGCUUUCAGGCCAACUUGACUGCAGAGAACAUCUCUUGGGGAAGCUGCUUCGGAUGGAACAGUUCCUUUGAGUGGGAGUUCAAGACGCUGGAAGCGUUUUGCCCUGUGAGCUGCGGAUGUUCCCGCGAGACUGUAGAUUCUGCCUGCCCCGAACCCUUUGGCUAUACGUGCGAUGAGCUGGAGACUCGGAGCUGUCUCACUUACAAUGGUCAGCACUUUUGCCCAGGCUUUUCCACUUCGGUCUCAGGCACCCUGCCGUUUAAUUUUAUAGCUACUGACCCCAGUUUGGCCUCGCUGAUGUUCGCGCCAGUUUACGCAUCGCUCCUAAGCUGCCUGGCGCACUUCUCAGGGGCGGAGACUUAUGGCAUCCGUCUUGACUUGGAGCCUCGUGGUACGCUGCUCAUUGGACGGUUCCACAUCUUUUUGGUAGAUGAGGCAUGGGACGAAGCAGCCCUUUCCUCAAGCCUGUUUUCGACAUCCGUUUCUGACUUUCAGCAGCGGUUCAACCAAACUCUCUUGACUCAAGGGGUCUCACUGACUGCCGCGGGUCUUACAAUGGAGCUUCUAUCGAUCUCUCCCGGAGCUCUUCCAGUCCGACGAUUAGAACAUGACGAUGGCAGCCUUGCUGACCUCGUGCUGCACACUCCAGGCAGCUAG